UACGCGUCGGCUGCGAGCCCCGAACUUGCUGAAAUGCUCCGAGAUACGAUAUCUCGUACAUCGCACGGUUUCGUCGUGUCUCGUGUUUCCCAUCGGUUUCCCGUUUACCACACAUCGCCCUUUUUUUGGACUGAAAGUCAUUUUUCGGCCUGAAAAGCUUUUUUUUUAAUAUUUUUUUUGUCUGCGGUACAGUUUUUUAUGCUCACGCGGGUAUCGUCCGUUCGAUCGGAUCUGUUUUUGUGUUGGAGUUUAUUUUCGAACUCAACGUAACGCAAGGCUGUUUAUUCUAUACCGUGGAAAUGCCCGAAGACUCAGUGCAAAUAGAGACGCAAGCUUUAAUUUUACCUCAGCAUGAUGUGGUGGUGUAUAUCCAAGACAAUGCCGGCCCGUAAUCGCACCUCCAAAACUCCGAGGAGGUCCUAGUUCUCGAUGGAGUGUGGAUGAAACGCCGUGCGAACAACCAUGACGAACUCUUGCGAUUACCCGCUGAACCGAACGGACUGCGAGGACCUCGUGGAGCCGGAGUUCUACUCGUACAAGUACCGGGUGGUCGGCACCAUCUUCCAGGGCGCCAUCUUCUUGAGCGGCGUCUUCGGCAACGUCCUCGUCAUCAUCGUCGUGAAACGGACGCAGAGCAUGCACACGCCGACCAACUACUACCUCGUGUCCCUGGCCGUCGCCGACCUGACCGUCCUCGUCUACUCGGUCCCGGUCGCCAUCUCGGGGCUCUUCCUCGUGAGUGACACCUGGAUCCUCGGAGACUUCGGCUGCAAGCUCUUCAUAUUCCUCCAGAACCUGGGCAUCAACUCCUCCUCGCUGAACCUCAUGGCGUUCACCGUCGAGCGCUACAUCGCCAUCUGCCACCCGAUGAUGGCCUACAAGAUGUGCACCAUCAACCGCGCCAAGAAGAUCAUCUUCGGUGUCUGGAUAUUCUCGAUAGUUUAUUGUUCGCCGUGGCUAGUGCUCACCUGGACGAGACCUUUGAACAUACGCGGGUACCCGGGGGUCGGUAGGUGCGAUUUUAAGUUAUCCAGGGAGAAGUAUCUCCUCGUGUUUUUCGCGGAUAUCAUGAUGUUUUAUGUGAUACCGUUGAUCGUGUCGAGUAUUCUCUACGUGCUCAUGGGGAGGACUUUGCUCAACACUCAUCGGCCGUCCAACAGCGAGCACCGGAAAAGCUCCAGUUCGUCAAGAGCGCAAGUCGUCAAAAUGCUGGCCGUGAUCGUGGCGCUGUUCGCGACUCUGUGGCUGCCCUACCGUGGGAUGCUCGUCUACAACAGCGUUGCCAGCUUGCUCAACAAGCAGAAAUUCAUGGACCUAUGGUUCCUCCUCUUCGCCAAGACCUGUGUUUUUAUCAAUAGUGCAAUCAAUCCUAUUCUGUACAACGUCAUGUCGUCAAAGUUCAGGGCUGCUUUUCGGGAAUUCCUCAUCUGUUCGACGAGGUCAUCACGGAAUUCAGGUCAAGGUGGGAGCUCCAGCACGUUCAACCUGUCAACUAUCCGAUCCUUCAGGUCGUCACAGAAUUCCACAGCCAUCAAGAGAACGGACGAUCCUCAAAUCAAAGACCUGGGAUUUUAAUAGUAGUAACAAAAUGUUUUCAAAAUCAACAAAUUUUAUUUCGAAUUUUUUCAGUGAUAACUUUUCAAAUGUAUAUUUUUAUUCUUUGUGAAAAUAAAAAAAAAGUAUUUAUCGUUGGUAAAA